AUGAUUGCGUUGAGCACCAUUACCCUCCUCAGUGUCCUCUGCACCGCAGUGGACGCGUUUUCGGUCCCAAACGUGAACGCGACGUUCAACAAGUCGCCCAAGCCGUUUGAGAUUCGUGUUGACCGAAAUUUCAUUGAGGACACAAGACUUCGAGUGGCACAUGCUAGGGCUCCGGUCUUCAUGGGAGCGAUUGGCGAAGGCCCAAGCCCUGAAAAUUACACCAACGUUCGAGACUACUGGGUCAAUGAAUACGACUGGAAUACCACCGAGGCGUCUAUUAAUAGAAAGUUAAAACAAUUCACGACCGUUGUUGCGCCAAUUAUCGGAAACAGCUCGAAUCCAGUUCCCUUACACUUCGUUCACCACCGUUCACCGCGCGACGACGCCAUUCCUUUGCUCUUCAUCCAUGGGUGGCCAGGCUCAUCUGUGCCGGCGUUUCAUGUAGUCGCUCCGUCAAUACCUGGAUUUGGAUUUUCUCCGGCACCUCAGCGCCCGGGGUUUGGUCCGGUCGAAACUUCUCAUGCUUUUAACGCAUUAAUGAAUCAACUGGGUUACCAGAAAUAUGUCAUCCAGGGCGGAGAUUUUGGAGGUGUUAUUCUUCGUUUCCAGGCCCAUCUUUUCCCAAAGAAUGUCGUCUCCGUGCUUAGCAAUUUUUGGAUCAUCCAGCCAGGAGAAAAUGACAUCCGCAGGCUUGCGGAGGGGUUAUCAACUCCGGAUGAGGUCGCCUACAUUAACAUUUUGGAAACAUAUAUCAAUCAGGCAUCUGGAUAUCGUGUCAUGCAAGAAACGCAGCCUCUUACAGCAGCCUUUGCUAUGUCAGACUCUCCGCUGGGCUAUGCGAUGUGGAUCUUUGCGUUGAUGAAUGAGGUCAUUGACCCAACAGUCAAAUCUUGGACCCCCGAAGAGAUUGUCACCUGGUCAAUGAUGUAUUAUAUACAAGGACCUUAUGGCGGUAUGCGUUUCUACAAAGAGGUUGCCAAUGACGGGGCUUUGGAAGCGGCUGACUUUGGCACUCUCCCACUUGUGGAAGUGCCAGCGGCGAUCAGUCAAUUUCCUUAUGAUAUCACUUAUCGAAUGCCAUUGGAAUGGGCCAAGCGUGGAGGAAACGUUAUAAGGCGGAAUGUGCACACCCAUGGCGGUCACUUUGCCGCCUACGAGGUGCCUGAUCUUUUACUCCAAGAUAUCUGGGAUUGGUUCGGUGAUAAAGAGACUGCCGGAACGAAAGCUUUCAAGAAUUAA